GAAUUAAAAAAAAAAAAAAAAAAAAAAAGAAAAAAAAAAAAAAAGAAAAAAAAGGAAAAAAAAAGAGAAAAAGAAAAACAAAAAUUCCCCCCCAAAAGGAGGCAGCGGCAACGGCGGAGAAGCCGCGACGGCGGCGCGCUGAGCCGGCCAGGUAAAGCUCUGCGCGGGAGGCCGCGACACCCUUCCUUCAGGGGUCUCUCCUCCCUCACACACCCCCGCGCCGGGGUCGCGGGAAGGUGACCGGGCGGGCGGGAAGGAGCUGGGGGAGGCCGGUGCGCCGCAGCCUGCGGGCCUCUCUCGCGUCCCAGCUCCGUCUCCGUGCGGCGAGAGCGGCCCGUGAUCCCUCGCCGAGGAGGGGGAAGCGGCGGCGAGCGUCCGCGGACAACGAAUGGGCAGCGCCCUGUCAGCCGAGCCCCCCCCUUGCCGCCAUCUUGUUCCCCCUUCUUCGCGGCGCGGCGGGGGUGCCGCCCACCUUCUCCCACGCGAUUGGCCCAGGCGGGGCUGAGCGCACCCCGUUUAGCCCCGCAGAGCCUCGCGUUGCUAUUGGUGGUGGCGCUGUGAUGGAUGGCGGAGGCAGCCAAUGGCCUUGCAGGCCUGCUGUGAUGACGCUACCGAUCCCCUCCCGCUCCCUCUCUCUGGAGGCUGUGGCACAUCCGUGGGGAGCUGGGGCUCGGUCCCGCCAGGGUUCAUCGCCUCCUCUCCCGGGACGGCUUAAUUUCUGUCCGAGUCCCUGCUGUGCCUUGGCCCAGAUCGCUGGCUGCUACUGGAGUCCCCUGCAGGGAGCCCUCGGUGCACGGGGUAGCUCCUGAGUGGAGCUCUCGCCGGCGCCUGACAGCUGAGGGCAUGUCACCGUUCCCUCAGUUGCUGCUGAGGCCGGACACAGCUCGUGGCACAUCACAGUUCUCUCCGAGCGCUGCUGCUGAGCACCGCUCAUGGCGCAACCCAUCUGUUGCAGAGCCCAGACUUAUACCUGAAACUUCAUCCACAGCCCGGCUCGUACCCUCCCCAUUCCAGAGGGUGUCUGGACCACAGGGAUGAGGAAGCCUCGGAGGAGGUGCCGGCAGCACUUGGAGGGGCGGCGUUCUCCCUCUCCCUACAGCCUCAAGUGCUCCCCUACCCGCGAGACGCUGACCUAUGCCCAGGCCCAGCGCAUCGUGGAGGUGGACAUCGACGGGCGGCUCCAUCGCAUCAGCAUCUACGACCCCCUGAAGCUCAUCACCGAGGACGAGCUGACAGCCCAGGACAUGACCGAGUGCAACAGCAACAAGGAGAACAGUGAGCAGCCCCUCUUCACUUCCAAAUCUAAGAAAACACUUUCCAAAGGCAAGAAGAAGGAGUCCUGCUCCAAACAUGCACCAGGGAUGUCUUUGCACUUGCCCCAGCCCAAGUUCCGUGUGGUGGAGUCCUUCAGCCAGCCAGAUGCCCAUCCCCUCCCUGCUGCCUACUACCGGUACAUUGAAAAGCCUCCUGAGGACCUGGAUGUAGAAGUGGAGUAUGACAUGGAUGAGGAGGAUCUGGCAUGGCUUGAGAUGGUCAAUGAGAAGAGAAGGGCUGAUGGUUAUGGGACAGUUUCUGCUGACACUUUUGAGCUGCUGGUGGAUCGGUUGGAAAAGGAGUCGUACCUUGAGAGCCGGAACAACGGAGCUCAGCAGUCCCUCAUCGAUGAGGAUGCCUUCUGCUGUGUCUGCAUGGAUGAUGAGUGUCACAACAGCAAUGUCAUCCUGUUCUGUGACAUUUGCAAUCUGGCCGUGCACCAGGAGUGUUACGGUGUGCCCUACAUCCCCGAGGGACAGUGGCUUUGCCGCUGCUGUUUACAGUCCCCUUCUCGCCCUGUGGAUUGUGUCCUUUGCCCGAACAAAGGGGGAGCCUUCAAGCAGACCAGUGAUGGCCGCUGGGCUCACGUGGUCUGUGCCAUCUGGAUCCCAGAGGUCUGCUUUGCAAACACUGUGUUCCUGGAGCCCAUCGAAGGGAUCAAUAACAUCCCUCCAGCUCGCUGGAAGCUAACAUGCUGUAUCUGCAAGCAGAAGGGCAUGGGAGCUGCUAUCCAAUGCCACAAGGUGAACUGUUACACUGCCUUCCACGUCACCUGUGCACAGAGAGCCGGUCUCUUCAUGAAGAUUGAACCCAUGAGGGAGACGAGCAUCAACGGCACGACGUUCACCGUGCGCAAGACUGCCUACUGUGAGAGCCACUCCCCGCCUGGCACGGUGAGAAGAGGGUCUCCAGCUGCUGGUGGUGAUGAGCAGGCAGUCACUGUGAAGGAGGAGGGAGUGGAAGAACCCCAUUUUGGCCCUCCCAAAGGGUCUGUGAAGAAGAACCAAGUGAAAUUGAAGCAAAAGAUCAAAAAGGAGCCUGGUGACGUGACCAAAGGGCGUUCGUCUGUGCCUGUGGUGACCGUUGCACAAAUUCCCUCUUACAGGCUGAACAAGAUCUGCAGCGGGCUCUCCCUGCAGAGGAAGAACCAGUUCAUGCAGAGGCUGCACAACUACUGGCUGCUGAAGCGGCAGGCAAGGAACGGGGUGCCCCUGAUCCGGCGGCUGCACUCGCACCUGCAGUCCCAGAGGAACACUGAGCAGAAGGAGCAGGAUGAGAAGACAAGUGCAGUGAAGGAGGAGCUGAAGUACUGGCAGAAGCUCCGGCAUGACUUGGAGCGGGCUCGACUGCUCAUCGAGCUCAUCCGAAAGAGGGAAAAGCUCAAACGGGAGCAGGUCAAGGUGCAGCAGGCUGCCAUGGAGCUGCAGCUAACCCCUUUCAAUGUCCUGCUCCGCACAACCCUGGACCUGCUGCAGGAGAAGGAUGCUGCCCAGAUCUUCACAGAGCCUGUUAACCUGAACGAGGUUCCAGAUUACCUGGAAUUCAUUUCCAACCCAAUGGAUUUUUCCACCAUGAGGCGGAAGCUGGAGUCCCACCUGUACCGAACCUUGGAUGAGUUUGAGGAAGACUUUAACCUUAUAGUUGCCAACUGCAUGAGGUAUAAUGCUAAAGACACGAUUUUCCACCGAGCAGCUGUCCGGCUCCGGGACCUUGGGGGAGCGAUUUUGCGUCAUGCGCGGCGCCAGGCCGACAGCAUCGGCUUUGACACUGGCGUGGGGAUUCACCUGCCUGAGUCGCCCAAGCCCCAUGACUUUUACCGCUUUUCCUGGGAGGAUGUGGAUAACAUCCUGGUCCCGGAGAACCGGGCUCACCUGUCCCUGGAGGCACAACUGAAGGAGCUGCUGGAGAAGCUGGACACGGUGAGCACCAUGCGCUCCAGCGGUGCCCGGACGCGGCGUAUCCGGCUCCUGCGGCGCGAGAUCAACUCCAUCCGCCACAAACUGGCCCAGCAGCAGAGCAAGGCCCUGCCCAACGGGGACACUGUGCCACGGGAGGGGCUGGAGACAACAUCCAGGGAAGGGGAUGAGGAAGGGGAGAAAGGAGAUGGUGCCAAGCUCCCACACCCUCCAACCCUGGAGCCCACAGGACCAGCACCCAACCUCUCAGAGCUGGACUCUCUGCAGGACCCUCCAACACUCAAACCCAUCAGUGAAAGCAGGUCCUUGAACCAGCUGCAGAGGAGGAUGGUGUCGGACAGGGAGCUCUUUGACAAGAAGGCUCUGCAACACGAGAGCCAGGCUUUCCAGCGCCUGCUGUCCAACAACAGCCUCAACGGCCUGGCUCUGCCCCCUGCAGACAGCCCUGCCAGCCCUGCCCUCAGCAGCGUGGGCCGGCGGACAUCUGUCCUUUUUAAAAAAGCCAAGAAUGGCAUGAAGCUGCAGAGGGGUCUGGAGUGCUCCCCGGAGAAUGGGGAAGAGCACAGGCAGGGCGGGCAGGGCUCACCCUCCUGCCCCGAUGGGGAGCGACAGGCACGGAAACGGCCCCAGAGCAGGACCUGCAGUGACAGCAGUGGAGAGAAAUCACCCAGGCAGGCAGCACAGAGAGGAGUGACCAAUGGUUUUGCAAAACAUGCAGGGAGUGGCUCUGACUCGGAGUGCAGCUCUGCCCUGGGCAGUGGGCUGGUGUUUGAAGCCUGCAGUGGUUUGAUGCCUCCCAAGCGGAGUCGAGGGAAGCCGGCUCUUUCUCGGGUGCCCUUCUUGGAGGGUGUGAAUGGAGAUUCUGAUUUCAGUGGCUCAGGCAGGCCUCUCCUGAUGUCCUUUGAUAGCCAGGCUGAGCUGGAGCCCCUGGAGCUCGUGUGGGCCAAAUGCCGUGGUUAUCCCUCCUACCCUGCCUUGAUUAUCGACCCCAAGAUGCCACGCGAGGGUUUGCUGCACAACGGAGUCCCCAUCCCUGUGCCCCCCAUGGAUGUCCUGAAGCUGGGGGAGCAGAGGCAGACAGAGGCAGGAGAAAAGCUCUUCCUUGUCCUUUUCUUUGACAACAAGAGAACCUGGCAGUGGUUGCCACGGGACAAAGUCUUUCCCCUGGGUGUGGAUGACACCGUGGACAAGCUGAAGAUGAUGGAGGGACGCAAAACCAGCAUCCGCAAAUCGGUGCAGGUGGCCUACGACCGAGCCAUGAUCCACCUGAGCCGUGUGCAGGGGGACAACCCCUUCAUCCCGGCCUCCUACCUGUGAGGGGCUGCUGGGCCAGCCCUCCUGCUCCUCCAAACGUCCAGCUCACUGCAGGGUGCAGCACCUCCAGCAGCUGUCAGCACUCCUCGGAGUACCCCGAAAUGUGCCAAAAAACACCUUGUCCAGCUUCUUCCUGAAUGUGUCUUGCUGAAGAGCUGGCAGGAGAUGAAAUGUAGUCUACAGGGAGUAAGGUAGGUAGGAAAAGCUGACAGGUGGCAGGAGCCAAGGUGAGUUGCUGCAGUGAGCAGAGCACACAGCUCUUGGAUGUUUGGACCUCAUGCACCAUCCCCUGCUCCUGCCUCCCCUGGGCUGCCAGGGUUUUGAGUCAUCAGCCAGUCCCAGGUAAUUCCUGGGAACCUGGCACCCCAGGAUCUUUACAGGAAUCCCAACUGGACUUUCUUGUGCCAAAUUUAACCUAACCAUUGUUGGCCUUUUCAUUUUUCUUUAUAUGACAUUGUCCUGUCACAUAGAAACCCCAUAGAAUCGUAGCUGGGAGCUCUGAUUGUGAUUCUCUUGCCUAUGUACAUUGUGUUUUCAUGUUUAUAUUUCUCUCACUGCAUUACAAAAAGCUUGAGAUUUUGGUAACCUUCCCCCCUUGCACAGUUUCAUGCACAGAUGCACAGAGCUUUAAAGAUGAAUAUCAAAUUACCUGAUCUGUGUCUAUAUGUAUGUCCUAGCAAUUAAUUUAUAGUUUCACGUUUCAGUUCUGAUUUCUGUGACUGCUUGUUGCAGUAACAUUUCCUAUCAUGACUUAGCACAGUACCUAAGAAAAGAGAACUUCCUUUUUUUAAGAAGUAAUUUUGGAGGUGUCUGUUGAGCUGGAGCAGCUCUGCAGGCACUGAGGUUGAUCAGGGUUGGAGGGAGAUGCAUCUUUUGUGCUGGUUUAUGCACAUUUGGUGUAAGGCUCCUCUUCCUUUUUCCUCCCCCUAUUUUCUGUCUCCCUGUUUCCUUCUGCCACAUUUUGGACUGAAACCAAGCACUGACCAGAGCACACAACCCUUCUGCUGUUUCACUUCUCCCACAUGUGCACAUCCUUUCCUGGUGUGUGGGUCUCCAGUGUUGUCAUCCAGGUAAACCCAGACAGUCCCCUUGGAUUGGGUUUGCAUUGCAAAAAAACGGGGACAAACUGAUGUUUGGGAAUUUGGUGACUACAUCUUUUCUAUUAGCCAAGGACUUUAUGAUUUCUCUGAUCUCUUCUGUUGCAUAUCCCUCUUUGCUUUCCCAUUUUAAAGAGCCAAAGGUGCAAAGCAAGAUUGUAGAUUGAAUAUCAUCAUUUUGCUUUUUAACUCAGUAUUUUUUUAUUAUUUUUAACUUUUUCAUACUGAAGAGAAUGUGGAGUCAAAAUAAUAAUUAAUGAUAAUUAAGAGUAGGGAGUAAUCACUGCCAUUUCUACUUGCUCUACUUUUUUAAAAUACCACUUCUUAUACAUUGGGGCAUGGAACUGCAUUUGAAGGAAUUUUAAGAUUCCUGUACCAUAUAGAAAUGGGGCAUAGGAGUUUGUAAAAAUAUUAAUAGUGAUAAUAAUGCCCAUGGAGUGUGGCUAGGGAAGGAUGUUGUGUAUAUAGUUGUAAAAUGUUCUAAAUUAUUUAGACCUAUUGUCACCAUUCUUGAAGUCCUCAGUUGUGUUGCUGGGUCUUUUAUAUGCACACAGUGUAAUUUAUUUGAAGGAACAUACAGUUUUCCAGGUGGUAGCUCAGCUGUGGACUAGUGACCUGUGUAUGUUUUAAGGUCUUGGGAGUUGGUCUUUUUUUUUUUUUUCAUUUUGUUUAGUUUUUUUAAAUGAUUUUAGAAUUUGGAUUGGCUGAUUUCCUGUUGUUGCUACAGAACCUAAAUGUUACUGUCAGUCUGCUGUAAAGCACAGAUUGCUCUAUUUAUUGUAGAAAGUGAGUUUAUUUGCUUUCUAGAAUUGUUUAUAUCAGAUGGUAUAAGAGAAGGAAUAAGAAAAUUUAUGCUUGUAAAGAAAAAAAAAGCUAAUUUUACCUACUAUAAUCUGACUGUCUGAGAGUAUAUUUUCUCUCUGAGAAAUAAAUGUUCUAAUGUAUGGAAAAAAAAACAAAA